AAUGAAUCCAGAUGUUAAUUAAAUUCAAUUCAGGACAUGACAGGAAGCUAAAAGUUUAUGUAAAAGGAUAAAAGUCUCAGUCCCGAAACCCUUCCGGAUUCUUGAAUCCACUGAAUCAAGCACGUUAAACUUGACUUCUCCGUAACCCGGAAGGCUGUCUUCCACCCUUCACCGUUGCUCGCAACGGCCUUGCAACUAUUGUAGCGACACAAUAGUUGCAACUCGGAACGUUCUCUGUCAAUUCCGUGAUUCGUUGUCGUUUUUUUAUUACAAUUUUUGUUCUUCUUGCUAUCGCACCUAAUGUUGUUCUGUUUCUUUUAGCUCUCUUGCCAAAAUGGCCGUUUCUGACGUUUCUCAGAAAUGUUACGUCAUCACUUCGAAAAUUUAAAAUUUAGGAAUUUCCGAAUCCUUCAACCUUCACGUUUUGUUCAAUCGUUCGAAUAACCUUCUUAAUCCUUCAAAAUCACUAACUCGGAAGGUUCACUGCUAAAACUCGAAAUCUGCAGAGAUUGCGUUUUGUCCAUUCUGGUCGAAUGUCACAGUCGUUUUAGAACCUAGCUUUAUUUUCCGUCGGUAUGUACUUCGGGCGAAUUUUACAUUAUAUAGUUUACUUUAGAGUAUGGUCGGAACAUUCUGUUCUCCUUGCACAGCAGGAGGUUGCCCUUGUUAGUUUUUGAGGUUAUAAGCUUUUUAUUGUUUACACUGUAUUGCAGUAAUGCUGGCUCAUUUUUUAAAUCGGAUAUAGUGAUUUCCGCGCCCAUUGCACAGCAUCUCAAUCCCUUAGUUUUGAUAACAAUUUUUUUCAGGUAUGUCUGCUACAGAGAUGGAUUUUUUUGAUAAUGAACAAGAUUUUUUGGCUGUUUCUGACAGCGAACUAUCUUUAUUCGAAGAAGAAUGCGAGCUAUUUGAUGGUGGUCGGCCAUCUUUUGUGCCGGUUGAUAAAAUUGGUAGUUCGAAUAAUUUAUCUCAGAAAGAUGUUGGUGCAAAUAUGACUUUCAUUUCUAAAGCGGUGUACAAUUUAGUAUCUAACAUUUUUAAAUGUCCAGUGUCAGAGGAAACCUUGAAAAGAAAUAUAGCUUUAACAGCACCUAAAGUUCCUUUUCUUAACGUCCGUCCGGUUGAUCCCUGGUUUAAAAGUGUAAACCCGACCUUACUUCCGGAGUGUCUAGAGUCUGAAUUGAUAACGCAGAAGUUUAUGCCUAAUUUUUUGCGGGUCGCUUUUCCAUUAGUUAGUCUUUUGGAUGCCAUGUCGAAAGGGCGGCUGACUCAAUCUCGCAUUGAAACAUCAAUUACUGAUUCUUUACUUCUGCUGUCUUCGGCUUUGGAAAAUGUGAACUCAUGGAGGCGCGACAGUCUAAUGCGUCGAUACAAUUUAGGUCACUUAAAGUCCCCAGAUGUUAGCCCUGCCGAGAACCCCUACUUGUUCCCCCAGUACUUUGAAAAAUGCGCGAAAUACCCUACUGUUGAAGACCUAUAUCAAGCCAGUGAAACUUUACCGGAUUUAGAAAUUAACUCAACUGCGAAGUUUGCCAAUGAAGCCGUGUCAGGCGAUUCGAAUGCAGGCCAACUUGAUUCUAAGGUUCAAAAGCUGAUUCGAGACACUUAUCUUCUGCAGACAAUGGGAAAAGAUAGUUUCACGCAAACGGUCGACGAAAUUAAGUCAAAACUCUCGGUAGGUUCUCAGAUCAAAACAUGUAAGUGCGCGGUGUUGGGAUCGCCAGCUUCCAAUGUACAAGACAAAGGAGUCAUCACUGACAGCGCUAGCACAGCUGCAUCAAGCCCUAGCGUUGUGAAACUGGGAGCUGUAAACCUUAAACCCGUCAAAACUGGCACCCAAGGUUCAGGUUCUCUGGUUGCGAAUAGUUCCAAUAACCAGAAUGUGCAAAAUAGGACUCUGGGUCAAUCAGCCGAUGCUAAAUUUGGUGCACCCACAAAAAGCGCUUCGCCAGAUAUAUCGGUAGUCGAUGCAUCAAAACCAGACGAUUGUAGCACAAAACUUUUACUUUUGAAUAAAGAAAGUGCUUCGAAAAAUAAAGCAAGUGGCAAUACUGAUUUUUCGGAGGAUAUUUUUGAGGUAGUAACGCCAGGUGCGGCUGAUUCUAACAAUACUGAUUUGAACAUCAGUAGUGGUAUUACCAUUGAAGAUGAAAGCGAGGAUGUUGAAAUCGAAGGCGAUAAUUCUAAAAACGCUGCGAAUGAACUGGAAUCUGAAAUUGUAAUUUUGGAAGUGUUAGAUGAUGCCGAUGACAAGGAGUCAUCGACAUUGGUCCAAAAUGAGGCAGGUUCUGCGUCUCAGAGAUCCUUGGCCCCCAAGAGAAAAAUAGUCCCAAUUACGGGGCCAUCACCGAGUCCUCCAACUUCUAAGCUCGGCGUUAUAAGUCAACAGCCUAACGUGAGAACUGUGACAUCAUUAAACCCUAUAAAACUCCCCGUGCGAACUCUGGGAGGCACUCCUCCUGUAGAGAAUCAAAAUCUUGCAUCUAGUUCUUUUUCUAACCUUUCUAAACACACGAAACCCGCUCUAAAUACUAGGAAUGUUACCCGAGUUGUAGCUCCAGCCCCGGUGGCUAUCCGGGUACAAGGCGGCAACAAAAACCAGAACCAAAGUGCCACGGCAUUCCAGACAGCUGCUGCUAUGGUGGGGAUUGGUAAUAACUCACAGCAGCAGAUGAGCAGCGGAGCACGAAUAGUGCGAGCUACUGGUGACUCAUUCGGUUCAAUUUCCCAGCAGAAUCAGAAUAUACCCGCUAAAAGGACGAGACAGGAUCCUCAAUGGAGUGCAAUGGAGUUCGGAGGGGGAGUUGGGGGGAGGGGAGGAGUGCAUCAGCAGCAGCAGAUGCCGCAACAGGGGGGAGGAGGCAUGGGAAUGUGGAGCCAACAGCAGAAUCAGCAAGGAAUACAGAACCAGUUCAACCAGCAGAUAGGGGGCAGGGGAGGAAUGGGGGGCAACUUCCCCAGACGGAACAACAAUAACAAUAGAAGGGGAGGAGGAAUGUUCUAGCAGUUGAAGUCAAUUUGAAAACUGAUUCGAUCCGAGAUGAUUCUGUUCUUUGUUGCUCUUAAUUAGGUCCUCGCUUUUUUCUCUCUUAUCUUUACUAUUAACUAUGUAUGCUUACUAUGUCCAGAUGUAUGAUAUUGACUGUCUCUGAUUUGUUAUUGCAAAAUUUAUUAUCGAAAUUUAUGUUCGUUCUUA